CACAAAGUUCAUUCACUCUCGGGAGCCUACGACAAUUGAUGGUCACAGCCACACAGCAUAGGUUGUUGGAGAAAAUUAUAUUACCUUGUCUUUUAGCUUGAAACUAUACUGAUUUAGGCACAAAAAAAAUAGAGUAUUUUUUAAAUUGCUUUUUUAAUACGGUCGGUGCGUAAACGGUUAUGUAUUUGUCACUACAGUUCCACAUGUGACAGCCGCAUUAUGCUCGACUCAUCUCUCAACUUUAGGCUGCGGAAGAAAGGCUGGACCGUGGUUGUAGUUUUAGGUGUUAUUAAUCUCUUAGUGGUUUUAUUUUAUUUAACGGGUUACUCGAAUGGGUUGUCAGCAAACAAACAAAUAAAGACACAGACGCGAAUUGAAACAGCUUUUAUUACCGUGACACUUCCACCGCAAGAUAAUGGACAACACGACCUUAAUAACAGCAUUGUAAUAUUGCGAACUCCGAAGUUUAAGGAUAUACAUUUACCCAAUACAGCUACUACAACUACUACAACAACUACUAACACUACUUCUACUACAACUUUGUGGAAUAAGUUUGAAAAAUGUCCUGAUCCGUCUCCUCAUCUGGUGGGGCCUCUCAGGGUGGAGUUCUCUACGCCUGUCAGCUUGGACACAGUGAGGAAGGAGAACCCAGGUCUGCAGGGAGGAGGUCGCUACAAACCACAAGACUGCGCCGCCCUCCAAAAGGUUGCUCUAAUCAUCCCCUUCCGCCAUCGCGACGAUCACCUCAAGUUCUGGCUCUACUACCUCCAUCCCAUCCUUCAGCGCCAACAGCUGGACUACGGCGUCUACGUCAUCAAUCAGGAUGGAGACGACACAUUCAACAGGGCCAAGCUGAUGAACAUUGGCUAUGCUGAGGCCCUGAAAGAGUAUGACUACGACUGCUUUGUGUUCAGUGACGUGGACAUCAUCCCCAUGGAUGACCGCAACCCCUACAAAUGCUUCAGCCAGCCCAGACACCUGUCUGUCUCCAUGGACAAGUUUGGCUUCAAGUUGCCCUAUAACCAGUACUUUGGCGGUGUCUCAGCGUUAAGUAAGGAGCAGUUCCUGGAAAUCAACGGCUUUCCCAACAACUACUGGGGCUGGGGUGGUGAAGAUGACGACAUUUUCAACAGGUUGAGCUCCAGAGGAAUGUCCAUCUCUCGUCCAGAUGGCGAGGUCGGAAAAUGCCGGAUGAUCCGUCACGAGAGAGACAAACUGAACGACCCAAAUCCUCAGAGGUUUGACAGAAUACAACGCACAAGACUGACGAUAAAUACAGAUGGGAUCAGCUCUCUCAAGUACAAAGUCGUCAAAGUGGAAAAGGAUGCUCUGUUCACGAAAAUCACAGUAGAUGUGGGGAAACCUUAGUGAAAGUGGAUAAAUGUUAGUAGUUAUUUUGCACAUCACUUAUCACAAGGUGGAAGACAGAGAAAGCACAGCGGAACCAUGGAAUGCAGUACUGAGAAUACUCUGAAUUCUCCGGAAUGCGUGUAUUUAUUGUGGAAACAAAUGGACAGCACUUGGAUGAAUGGGAUGGCACAACAAGACCUCAUAAAUAUCAGAGUGGAUCAAAAUGUUUGAUCAACAUGUUUGACUUCUAAUGGCAGGACACAAGGGAAAGGGCGUGGGACGAAGAAGUUAUUUUGUAUGUCAUUUGUAAUGAGUUGUCUUUGUGUAAUUCUGUAAGGGAGAACUACUUGGUUUAUAUGUGUAUAUAAGUUGUAUACAUUUGCAUAUAGUUAAUACAUAUUUUAUAUAUUGUUUCUUUCAUUUUCGGCUAAGAUAUUUGAGAUGAUUAUGGGUUUAAUAUAUUUUGCGGAAAUGUUUCCCAUGUUUGAAACUGUGUGAAAGGUCUUAAUCACAAUCUAAAAGCAACGAUUGGUUUGGUUACUUAUAUAUGUUUCUAAAAACAUCACUUGUCUGCUGUGAUUCUGUACAUUCACUACCUAUGACAUGAUCACUUCCAUGCUUCUUUACAUUCAAAACCUGUUUACUACCUGUGACAUGAUCACUUCCAUGCUUCUUUACAUUCAAACCCUAUUCAGUACCUGUAUGAAUGAUCACUUCCAUGCUUCUUUACAUUCAAGACAUGUUCACUACCUGUUACAUGAUCACUUCCAUGCUUCUUUACAUUCAAACCCUAUUCAGUACCUGUAUGAAUGAUCACUUCCAUGCUUUCUUACAUUCAAGACCUGUUCACUACCUGUUACAUGAUCACUUGCAUGCUUGUUUACGUUCAAACUCUAUUCAGUACCUGUAUAAAUGAUCACUUACAUGCCUCUUUACAUUCAAAACCUAUUCAGUGCCUGUUACAUGAAUGAUCACUUCCUUGUUUCUGCAGCGCACAAAUCAGUCGGGAACAAACAUACAUACUACAGCAUUGUGAUGGUCAGUUGUAUGUAUGGUCAGUCUCAGUCCCCGCCCAUUUGGCUUGUCUUAAAUGUGUAGAAAUACUGGUUUGGUGAGCACCCAACCUGUCACUUUAUUUCAUGUGACUGAAAGCAAAAGCCUACUGCCUGGUUUUCAUUCAUUAGAAUAGAACAUGGAGAAGUUAUUGAAUAAAUAAAAUGUUUUACAUUUGAA